GUCUCAUUUAUGCUCGAUAUCACUUUGAGAAGUGCUGCUGUUGCUAUUGCAAUUACUGCUAGACUCUUUUAUGGAGGGAUGGAAUACGAUCAAAGUGAGGAGCAUUUCACUAGACAUCCCCUGCACUAUCGUUAA